UGCUGCGGGCGCGGUGCGGUGCCGCAGAAGAUGUCGGCGGGGCGGCGGCUGGCGGGGCGGCGGUGGCUGCCGGCCUGGUGGUGGUGUCUGCUGUGGGGCGGCGCGGGGGGGUACGUGGUGGUCAGCUCGGUGUCCUGGCCGCUGCCCGAGGCGGGGGCGGCGGCGGACGAACUGCACAGCUCCUCCACCGAGGACACCCUCCCCUCCUUGCUGGAGGAGGCGGGCGGCCUCUGGAAGCAGAGCUACCCGGCCUCGGCUUACCGGGAAGAUGCGGCCCUGGGCUCCGGGCCGGCGGGGAGGCGGCCGGGGCAGGGGGCCGCCCCCUCCAGGAUGUUCUCCUACCGACGGGAGGGCGGCGGGGCGGUGGGACGCGCCGGCACCGCCCGCUUCCUCGCCCGCUACAACACCUGGGGCUUCGUGGCUACGCGGGCCGCGCAAGGAAAGAUCCAAGGUAUGCCCUAUGGGAACUGUUUACUUCUUAGCGAUGGUCCUGUCAAUAACAGCACUGGAAUCCCUUUCUUUUACGUGACACCAAAGGAUAACACUGUGGCAGAUCUCCUGAAGAAUCCUGUGGCUUCUCUGACCCUGCCAGAGGCAGACGGAAAUUUCUGCAGAAAAAAUGUAAUUGAUCCGGAGGAUCUGAGGUGCGCCAGGCUGACUCUCACGGGACAGAUGGUCACGGUGCCUCCGGAGGAAGUGGAAUUUGCCAAGCAAGCAAUGUUUUCCAGGCACCCGGUGGUAAGAAAGUGGCCUCGCAGCUAUGAGUGGUUCUUCAUGAAAAUGAACAUUGAGCACAUCUGGCUUCAAAGCUGGUACGGAGAAGUUUCUGCCAUUGCAGUAGAAGAGUAUUUAAAAGCAGUUCCAAGCAAAGGAUGAUUGAAUGGGCUUCGAGAUAGAGAUUUUCUGAGUUUCCUUUCCAAACGCUUUUAAAAUUUCAUGCUGGAUGGUUACUUUACAGUGGGUUGGGUUUUUUCCCCCAAAAGGCUUCAAAAUAGCCCUGUCUUACAGGGAGCGGAGUGAAAAUAAACCAACGCAGACUUUCAAAUUAUAAAGGAGAGGUGGAUACGAGCCCUACCCUGCAAUGUACAAACGUGUCAUUUCAAACAAGCAAUGCAUCAUUUUGAACGCUGCUUAAAAAUGCUUUGUAUCUGUUUGUUUUGACUUUUAUUGCUGUGCACCCACAGGGAAACUACAGUAUGUGCUAAACAUAAUGUUCUGAUUUACAGAAAAAGCAAAUUGCCUAUUCAGAACCCUGUAUGUAUUGUGGAGAUAUUACUGCUGCUUAGUCUCUCUUGGUUUGUAAGUACUCUAAGAUAAACUUAAUAGCUGCAACUUUAGAUAUUUAAGUUUUAAAAAAAAUAUUUUGCUAAAGCUGUCCUCAUUUGCUAAAUUAUAUUUUCUAUGUGUGUUUUUCCCUAAUUAUCUAAUUUGAUAUUUCACUUGGGAAUUGAGCAGAAAUUAUCCCUUUUAGUAGAAAAAAAUGCAAGCAGCUCAAACAACACGCCUCCAGAACAACUUGUCUCUUACUAACACAAAGCUGGUUAAACGCGUUAAGGGCCCAAACCAAAUCAGCCCCACAAGGAUUAUCCCAAUGCAAGUAUAAACAUUCUCAUAAGAAGAAUUUGAGUAAAUGUUCUUGGCUAGCUUAUUCUUGUUAUGGGACAGGAAAAGUAUUUUUAAUAGCCUGUAGUCCCUAUUUUUUUGCGUCCUUUCUCCAGCCACCGCUUUAUUUUUAACUCGUUUGUGCAACUGAUUUUUGUAAACCGCCACUAACUCAUCUGGGGGUGGAGCCAGUCCCUUAACUCUGUUUCCUCAUCAAGUUUUAAAGGGCCUGUUCAUGCAUUUAUUUUUUAAAGAAGCCUAAAGAUAGGUAGAUAUUUCAGGCCGUGAAAAACUCCUUUUCCUAGCGUGGAAAGUGCAAACUUUGUUGCAGACAGAUUAUGGCAUCUCAUGUGAUAAUACCGAAAGAGUUCAAAGGUAUUUUAUUCCCCUUCAGCCCUUUCUCUAGGUGUCCUGCUAAAGUUAUUUUGCAGUUCCUAGGGGUAUCGGAGUAAGACAGGUCCCAUGGCUAACCUGCCAAGUCAGUACACAGUUUUCAAAUUAUACGGCUGUUCUCCCUGUUGCACUAAGAAAGAGACAGGUUGAGAUGGGGUUUCUGUGCCUGUGGGGCACAGGUGCCUCCAGCAUCCCUGGGAGAGCACCCGAGCUCUGGAAACCGGCCCGAGCCUGGGUCCCAGGCGAGCGACCUGAGCUUAUACAGGUUAAUCCCCGGGCAGAGCUCAGAGGCAGCUGCCUCAGCUCUGACAGCUGGAAGCCAAUUAAGUGCAGCCGAGCUUAUUUUGGUUCAGGCAUGGAGAGAGGGAGUCAUUCCCGCAGCGGAGCUGGGCACCAUGCUGGUUUAACUACCAGGGGCCGCUUAGCCCUUCAAGUCUCUGGGCGUCACUACCAUUCCUGAUAUUCCGUAAGAAACGAUAAUAAAUGCGGGGGAAAAACUUAGUUUAGACACUUACAAGUAUUUUUUUUUUCUUGUCUCAUUGACAGAGACUCUGUUAGCAGUGCAGAUCUUUUGCAGAGGUAAUUACGCAAAAGGAGGGAGCGUCCUGCCUGAAUCCAUUUCCUUUUUUUUUUCCCCUUGGCAAAUGAGCAGCAUUUUCCCAUUUGAGUUUGCACCCAAAUCUCGCCCUGUGUAGUACUGAAGCAAAACGGCCCAUCCUGUACAGAUUUGUAGAAUACCAUUAAGUGAAAUCCUCCUCGAUUCAUAUAAUUUUGCCGUGGAGAUCUUUGUCCGCUAUGGAUUUGAUAGUUUGCCCAUUAGGAUUAAUGGGACUUUUAAAACUGAGUUCAACAGGCAGAGCACUAGACCCUGUAAGGGAAUCUCCACAGGUCUAACGUUUCUCUGCAAGUUUAAUUACAUGCUCCAUUAUCCCAGUUCACUACUAUUCCCGGAGAAACCUGAACUGCCUAUUCUCUCCCCCACCCCACAACACACACACACACAGAUUAAGCAAAUCCAGUGUACAAGCUUAAUGUUUAAACAAGCUGAGAAGAAGAAAUUUAGAAACGCUGCUGUUACUAUGGUCUCAAUUUCACUCACAUCCUCAGACAGCCUGGUAACAGUGACAUGGUCCUAUGUCCUAGCCCUUAAGUUAUGAACACCCUUGCCUUAAAGCAGUAAGGGAUUGUAUCAACAACGCUCAGUAGAGCUUGAACUCUUUAAGAAGUUAGUGUGCACUAAGAAAGGUUUGGAAUUUACAAUACCCUGCUUGCUACCGGCUGUCUCCCUGCGCACCUAGAUUAAUUGGAGUAGCUUCUGUAUUGUAAAUUGACACAUUCAUCAAGAAGCUUUUCUAUAGGGACCUGCCGGGAGGCUCUUGACAGAACCUCAAAACAUGAAAUGGCGAGGGCACGUAAAGUGACAAAAGGGGCUUCAUGAAGAAACGCCGUCUUAAAUCACCUGUUCUUAUUUCAUGCUUCCUUCUCCCAAGGAAUAGCUACAAUAAAUGUCCAUGAAAGUCUGUAGAAAUUCAUCAAAAAUAUGACCCGCGGGUUUUGAAUGGAAUUUUCUGGAGAAAAAAAAGGGGAGGAGGUGGUAGUUUGCUUAAUUGGGCUUUACACUAUUAAUUAUGUACUACUUCUGAUUUUUCUUGAAACUGACAAAUGGCUCAAGUGAUAUUGUUCAUCAUGUGGUAAGUGAUGUUUGUUAAAGCUUUUUACCCAAAGAGUGUUAUUGAGAUAUAAUAAAAUCAUAGUUCCUUGAGACUGUAAAGGAUCCGAUCUUGCUUCAGUUCAAGUCAAUAGCAAAAAUCCUAUUUAUUUGUUGUGCUUGAAUUAUUAAAACAAAUAAGCGUUUUUGUAAAAGGACUUAAUAAGCCCUUAUGAAUUUAUUAAGCAUUUCCACUAGCUGAGGUGCAAUUUAUUUCCAUGUGUUCUGCAUUUUAGUUAUUUCUGCAGCUUCCCCGAAAAAGCUUGUUGUGCAACGUGUAUCAUUUAAAACUUUUAACUGUGGUUUUGCAAUAUUUAAGAGACACAUUUAGUCAAGUCUGUAUACUUGCUGAAAAAAAGGAAGACAAAGUUCUAAACUUGGGUUUUCUGAUUUGUGCAAGAGUAAUGCAUGUACAGGAUUUAAGCACAGCUAGUUUGAACUGCUGUUAUUUAACCAAAGAAUGCUCCGUUUCUGAUGAAAUUUUCAUCACUUUGGUGGAUGAAAUGCAACCUGUCUUGUUUCUGGAUGUGUAUUGCAAAUUGCAAUGUAUUUUGAUUUCUAAAGAUACUGAAUAUUGUUAACAAAAUGCCUAUCGAGAAGAAAUGCAAAUAAAACAAAUUUCAAAG